AUGCAGGUACAAACGAAAGCAAGAGAAGAAGAAGAGCGAGUGGAACCGAUCGGAAGCCACCACCAAGUCAACCUCUGUCACCGUGAACCGCAGCCCCGUGCGCCUCCUGCUGCUCCAGAUUCAUCUCCAGCCGACGACGCCGAACCGACCGCCCUACUGCUUCCCGACGCAGAUCACCACAACAACGCGAAACACCGCCGCAAUCGACCUGCAGCCUCCACAACAGCCAUCCGUAAUUCACCUGUGCGUGAACCACAGCGGACAACACCGCUCCACCAUCACAACCGCGCUGGAGAUAACUUUUGA